AGAGCUGAUGUCAGCUAUCAGGUCUGCUCUCUCGAUAUCAAGGGAAAUCAUGACAGCUACGAAAAGUAAGCACGCAUGUCCGCCGUGUAAUAUGUGUCUUUGCGGUAGAGUGCUAUGUUGACUUCUGAUCGGUGUGUUUGCAGCGGUGUGUCACGUCCAUGCUGUCACCAGCUUGCAUUUCAUUGAGGCCCUCGGUAUGUCUUGAGGGAUGAUGGGAGCGCGAGCCGCUUCUCUUUUGUCGGACGGUCUGGUUUUGGCUUUAACCGCCAUCAAGACGUUCAAUAGGGCGCGUGGCGCUGACCUCAUCACUGGCAAAGGGCCGAUUAUCAAGCAGAUUCUGCUGCGAGACACUGUGCUUUGCUUCGUCCUCUUGUGUAUCGUCAAUGUAGUCGGGAUUGCGACUGGACACCUCGACCAGUUCAUUGAGGUAUUGCAAGUCUGGACAGCCACGCUCACGUCAGUCCUUCUGUCACGUCUGGCUCUGGACCUCAGAGAGGCCUCUGCUGCAGAAGAAGGUAACUCUGGCGAGUUCUUCUCUCGUACCUUGCGGAACGUCAGCUACGCGAUUCCCGAUGAAUACGAGUCGAGCGAUUUCACGGCGUCCGGAGAGAAUGCUUGGGAACUGGAGCUCAGCGAAUUGACUAGCUCUGCUGUGAAGAUAUGACCAACUUCCGCGGUGAGAGAUCCGGUUAUACACCGAUUCCGGACUCUGGUGUAGUGGCGACGUGUCGUUCG